GAUUAGGCAGAACAAAUGUUGGAGGACGACAUGAGGAAAACGCCCCUACGAGACCUCCAAAUUACGAAUAUACCCCCCGUUUUAUCCGAUUUGAAGAUUGCAGCCCAGAGCGAGAGAGCUGAAGCUAAGACCUACUGCUGCUGCUCGAACGGCAAAUCGGAAAUGUCUCGACGGGAAGAUCGGGACUCCGACCCCAAACGGCGUCGGUCGCGGUUCGACCGUGAGCCCAGUCCUAAGAGGUCCAGGAGGGAUGGGAAAUCGAUGACAGGGAGAGAACCUAGUGACCGUAAUGCAGGUCCCAGAGAGCAUGUGGAACAGGAUGAGAAGCACCGCCGCAGACUGCAGGACCCACUGCCACUCGAGGCACCUCCUAGCACAAACGCUAAAGUGGAUAGUGAACCUACAAGCAAGGAGUCACCGAAGAAAGGUCACGGCAACUCUGAGGGCACUAAGCCCUCUUCUGGUCCAACUGAAGUGCCUCGGUCGAGAUCUUACUUUCAGCACGACGAGCGUAAUAUCGCUGGCUCUGGUGGUCGAAGCUCCAGUCGCAGAUCAACUUCUGAUCGUGGAUGGUGGAAAGAUACAAGGGAUCAGCACGUAAAGGCAUCAGAUAGGACAAUGACUAACGAUUCAAGAAGAGAUGAUGGUUCACGUAGAGGAGAUGAUGAUGCCAGUGUGUGGCGCCACGAUGGGUUUUACGAGAUGGAGGCUAAUCCUAACCCACCACAUCCACCACCAGCACUAGGAGCCCGUAAGAGGCCUGCAUUUCGAGAGCAAAAAGUUCCCACAGAAGCCCAAGAUGUUCAUAAAUCGAAAACAGAGGCUGUUGGGCCGACCAGUACCGGCUACUCCAAUGAGAGGAAAGAGGGGAGAAGCCGUUACUCAAACCACAGGGAAAGACCUGAAAGGACAUUUGCGCGAGACAGUGCACGGCCAAACAGGAGAGAAGAUUUGAGAGAGGGGUUUGUGCCGAGAGAGAGAUUUGGUGGCGGAAAUAAGAAUAGGGGAAGAGAUACGUCUAAUGGACGGCAGGGUUACUCUCGCUCAGGUAAUAACGAUGUUCGCAUUGAGAAGUGGAAGCACGAUUUGUUUGAUGAGGCCAACAGGAGCCCAUCCCCGAAGAACGAAGAGGACCGGAUUGCCAAGAUUGAAGCUCUCCUGGCAUCAUAGGCUAACCUUCCCCUCCCCUCACAUUGGCCUGCAGAUGUAAUUGAUUGCUUUUGUUUGGAACAAUGUUAGCUGAAGGAGCUUUAUUCUGGAAAUUGUUGCAGCUCUUCAGUUCAGGAACAUACUGCGGCUUCUGUCUCUUGGUUCAUCUACUCUGACUGUAAUGAACUCUUGUUAUGUCAAGUCGAAUUGCUUCAGUUUUUUUUUUUC